AUGCACUCUGGUAUACUGAUCGCUCUCUGCUCCGCUGCUCUUGUCACUGCCCACGGUGGUGUGCUCCAGUACUCCUUUGGUGGUGACUGGUACAACGGUUUCGUACCAUACAACACGCCAACGGGUCAGUCGACAAUCCAACGCCAGUGGGCAACAUACAAUCCGAUCACGGAUCCGACAGACCCUACUAUUGCCUGCAAUGAUCCGGGCACGACGACGGAUCCCCAGCUUACCGCAACUGUCCCUGCUGGCACUUCAAUUACUGCUUAUUGGAAUAACCCCUGGCCGCAUGCUAUAGGACCCAUGAUGAUCUACAUGGCCAAUUGCGGGGGUGACUGCACUGAUGCGGACCCCACUUCUCUCAACUGGUUCAAGAUCGACGAGUCAGGUCUUCUCAAUGGCACCGUCGCUGACGGCUUCUGGGGCUCUGGUUUGAUGAUUCAGCAGAAUUCGUCAUGGACCUCGACGAUCCCGGCCGCCCUUCCAAAUGGAAACUAUAUGAUCCGGCAUGAGACGCUUGCGAUUCACACUGCGAACCAGCCGCAGUUUUAUAUGGAGUGUGCGCAGCUCACGAUUACAGGUGGUGGAAGCGGAACACCUUCUCCAACUGUGAAGUUCCCGGGUGCAUACAGUAUGGAUGACCCGUCCAUCAACAUAGAUGUGUAUUCAUCUACUGCGACUACCUACGCCAUCCCCGGACCUUCUGUCUGGACUGGUUGAAGCUAUCUGAGGUGGAUGAAAAAGAGGACGAGCGCUGUUGUCGAUGCA